AUGAGUUCGCAUGUCCCUGACAUGCAUGGGUCCGUCCCUCUUUCUACGAAUGGUCCCAAUCGUCAAGGAUCGGUGAAGAGAGCGAGAGAACAACUCCAGGCCGGGGCUCGUCCAACUCGAGCCUCGCCGCCCGUGCCCGCAGCGAGAGGCCAGCUUCGACCUCCGCCUCCUCCCUCCAAACCCAACGACACGUUGACGGCCAAAGAGUUGGCGCAUCGGACGCAAUGGCCUCUGCCAGACGGAGGCUUACCUAUCUUCUUGGAACCGGAGGACCCCCAAGAACCCCAGCAACCACCACUCCUAAUCCCUCGGGCACCACCACCCUCUCGGCCACCCCGUCCCAGCGAGAUUCCUGCUUCCAUUCCUUCUCCGUCGGUCUAUUCGGUCCUCAGCGGUGGUGAUUCUGAAACGCAAUCUGUGUAUCCGACCUUGCCUGCGCGAGCUUUCUCCGCGCCCCGACCUCUCUUCACCCAGACCCGUGACGAUCCGGAAUCCUCCCGUCCGUCGACCAAGGAUGGAUCGGCCAGCCCGACGAGCACCUUGGACUUGAACCCCCGCAUCUCGAUCGCGACGGAAGAUCUGUUUCAUCGUCAAUCAACCGCCUCCGGCUUAUCAUCACUCCCAGAUGCGCCACCUCCUCGCCCCGACCAUCCGCGCUUCCAUGAGAAGGCUCGUCAACGCGCCGCGGGCCUGGCGCCUCCUCCUCAUAUGCCCAAGUCUGCUGUAUCCACCAUCUCGGAAGAACACUCAAGCUCUCGCCAAACUUUUGUCUCCGUCGCGUCCAGCCGUGCCAUGCCUUCCAGCUGGGGCUCGGGACCCCCCGCGUCUGAGAUCAUGGGGGUGUACCUCGAGGACAUGUCGGAAGGGGAGGACCGCGAUCACGACCACCACGACGACAAUGCCUUACUGGUGCGGAAUGCUAGUCUCGGCAAGCGUGGCAAGCCCACGAUGCGCACGAUCUCAAGGGCAGGCUCAAGCCUAGAAGACCAAGUUCCCGCCCUGCCCUCCGUCUACCACCAAGGAGAUGAUCAUCGCAAGCUGGCCACCGCCGCCGGUGCAUCAGCCACUGAGACGACUGCGCGCCGCAAUCUUCAGCGCCCCGGUCUGGAUCGUCGAGUCUCCAUCUCGACAGCCUCGGGGGAAUCCUUUGUGGACCCGGAGAAGCCGCGAUUCGCGCAGCAGCCCACCUCCUCGGCGGAAGAUCUGGCCCUGGAGAAGGAGAUUGAAGUCUUACCCAAGGCUGCACCCACGAUGAGUGACAAGCGACCCAAUGGCAAGAAGCCUCCACGUUUGAAUCUGGGCGCGGUCCGCGACGCCGAGGCACGUGGCAGUCUCUCGAGUCUGUCAGACCUGAUUCGACGCGCCACCAAGCUCGCGACCAACCUCGAUCGAGGCCGGACCGCCAGUCGAAGUGACCUGGUGGACAAGGAGGCUGCGAUUUUUAAAAAUGCUCUUGGCGAGCCAGGUCACCGUCGAGGGUCUGGUUCUAUUUCGGAUAUCCUCACGUCCUUCCCGCGUCCAGGAUACCAGACGCCAGAAAGUCACAGCUCAUGGCCCGUGUUCUUUGGUCGGUCUGGUCUGCGCAAUGUCGAACCCCUCCCCUCGGGGGAUGAACCCCCCCGGAACGACAAGCCUGUCCGCAAAUGCUGCGGGAUGCCUCGAAAGUGGUUCAUUGUAUUGUGCAUCAUUCUCUUCCUCGUCGUCAUCCUCGCCGUUCUUCUUCCCAUCUUCCUUGUUGCCGUGCCUCACCAAAAACUCAGCAGCGGCGACAGCAACAGCACCGCGGCCUGCACGAGUGCCAACCCCUGCCAGAACGGCGGCAUGAGCGUAUCCAGCGGGACCCAGUGCUCUUGUGUCUGCUCCAAUGGAUUCACCGGCUCGCAAUGCACUAUUCCCGGAGACUCCAGCUGUGCUACCGCCGAGGUGGUCAACGGUGCCACGCGCAUGAACGCCACCAUGGGCAACGAUCUGUCAAACGUACUCCAAAUGUCAAGCAAAUUCAAUGUCACUCUCGACACGGUUACCAUCAUGGCAUUGUUUAGUAUGAAUAAUGCCUCGUGCGAGACGGAAAACUCGCUGGUCUCGUUCGACGUGCCGACUUCUUCCUCAUCCAGCAGCAGCAGCGAGAAGACCCGCCGUGCCGUCUCUCUGCCGUUAGACCAACCCGAUACGGUAGAUGCAGACUCAUUCCUUCCUUCCUCCCUUCGUGAACCCGUCGCAUCCCCUGCGACCCUAGUCCCGCGGUCAGUAGCCACCUCGAACGGCAUCCUGUUCGAUAACAGCGCCUCCGCCACUCCCGGUAGCGCCACAUCUACGCUCGCUCCCACCGCAUCCGAAGCUUCCGCUACCGCUACGGCCACGAAUAUCGCACCGAAUCCCGAGUCCAGUGCUAGCACCAGUGCCGCUCCCACGACGACCAAAGUUCCCGAGCAGGUGAUUCAAUUCUCCCGAGUGGCUGUUCUGUACAUUCUGGAGAAGACAGGCUCCUUGACCUCGGCGAUCUGGUCCACGGGUCAGAUUGAGACGUAUCUGACCGAGUCGUAUGCCAACGCGACACAUCCCCAGCUGGAGUUGAUGGGGAAGUAUGGCUUGGAUUUUGAGAAGAUGACGAUCACACCUCAGUGA